UCGUCCCAAUGUAUUUUCACACAGACAAACACCAAACAAACUUCAGGCUUUGCUUCAAUGGCGAAAUAUCAGUUGUUAAUUGCUCUCUUCUUCACUGUGGCUCUUGCAAAAAUUGAGCUCUCCAGUUGCCAUGUUCUCAAGGGGUCUGUCACUUGCCUAGACUGCAAAAGCCACUAUGAUCUCUCAGCCAUUCAGGUGCUGGUGAAAUGUGCCAAUGUGAAGAAGUUGGCUGCAGCAUACACAGAAGAAGAUGGCACUUUUGAGACCGAACUCCCCUCAGACUCUUCAGCUUCACCCAAAUGUUUGGCCAAAAUCAUGGCAGGUCCACACCAGCUUUACACUUCAAGAAAGAAUUCUGUGUCCACAAUUGUUAAGGCAGAUGGAUCUGGCUACUACACUACACACAAAUCUCUCAACUUCUACAAAUCAUGUCCAUUAACCCUAAAGAACAACGGAAAAUGUAUAGCAGCCUCAAAUAAAGAUUUUGGUGCAUCCAAAAUAGUGGAUUUGCCUCUGCCAAGGGAAUGGGGACUUGCACCAACUAGCUAUUAUUUUCCAUAUCUUCCUAUAAUAGGGAUUCCUUAGUUAAUGAGUUACGUUUGAUCAGCUUGCUGUUUUGUCAAGUACAGAUGUACUGUACUGUACCAUUGAGUAGAGACGAUCAAGAGUAAUUAUCAUAUAUAUAUAUAUAUAUAUAUAUAUAUAGGUAGAGAGAGAGAGAGUGGUUUGUGUUUAUAGAAUGUAUUAAGCUAUAAUAAAGUGUUUUGCCA